UUGUCUACCAAUGAGAGAGACAGUUCUCUGUGUGUCUAUGUGCAUUUCUGAGCUGUUUUUUUGAGCAGAUUACACGCUGAUAUAAAAUGGAAACUAUUAAAGUUUCAGAUAUAGAUUUUAGUGGAUUAAAUGACACCUAUGAUGAAUAUGAAAAUGAUAAAGAUUGUUGUGGAAUGGUGUGUGAACAGCACACAAGUAUGCAUUUCGAGGCCAUCUUCAUCCCCGUUCUGUACUCGGUGGUGUUUGUGCUGGGGCUGUUGGGAAAUGGCUUGGUGCUUUUUGUGCUGUGCCAGAAGAGGCGGACAUGGAGCGUGACAGACGUCUUCGUCCUACACCUGAGCGUGGCUGACUUGCUGUUACUCUUAACCAUGCCACUCUGGGCUGUGGAUGCAGUGCAAGGAUGGAGCUUCGGCAAUAGUUUCUGCAAGCUCUCUGGAGCGAUGUUUAGGGUCAACUUCUACUGUGGUAUCUUCCUGUUGGCCUGCAUCAGCCUCGAUCGCUACUUUUCCGUAGUUCAUGCAGUGCAAAUGUACUCACGCUCAAGACCGUUUCUGGUGCAGUUUAGCUGUUUGGCUGUUUGGUUCUUCUGUCUACUUCUCUCCAUCCCUGACUGGAUGUACCUGAAAGCCGAAGCAGACUCUAGACGAAACAAUAAAUAUGAAUGUACUCACCAUUACCCAUCUUCAGAAUGGCGUGUGGUAUUACGUGGGCUCUACCACGUGUUGGGAUUUUUACUUCCCGCCAUUGUUCUGCUCUACUGUUACACUCGUGUCGUGGUGCGGCUUCAGUUUGGAUCUCAGGGUGUACAAAAGCAGAGGGCUGUACGAAUUGUCCUUGCCUUGGUGGUGGCAUUUUUCAUCAGCUGGCUACCCUACAACGUCACCCUGCUGGUGGAUACUCUCUACACCAACCAAACCAGCAACAAUGAAACAAACUGUGAAACUUCCACAGCACUGGACUUUGCUCUAAUAAUCACCUCUACUCUGGGUUACAUGCACUGCUGUGUGAACCCGGUUUUGUAUGCGUUUGUUGGAGUAAAGUUUCGGCGCCAUCUGCUGGACUUGAUAAAGCCAUUCAGAUACAGGCUGCAGUCCAGAGUGGACACUGUGUCACGCAAGAGCUCUGUAUGGUCUGCAGACACAUCACAAACAUCAGCUUUCUGAUGGAGCAAUACACACACACUUCUAAAGUGAAUUUGGACUUGUCUUGAUUCUGCUAACCCUGGGUAAAUUUGAUCAUACAAACAUAAAAAUUGUAGUCAAAUUAUGUGUGAACAGAUCUCUUUUCAUGAAUUUCUUAAAUAGCAGUAAACAUCAGAAGUUUUAUAUAAUGUGCUCAGGAAUAAGAAUUUGUGGAAUUAAGUUUUUAGAACGGAUGAGUUUUUGUUCAACUUAGCUGUUCAUUGGAUUGUGAAUAACUAGUCUUAUUGAAGCUUUAAUCCUGGAUGAACUAUAGACAGUUUAGGGAAGCACAUGGUUUAUUCAUUUAUAUAGGCAGUGUAUGGUUAGUGCUGGUCUAGGAAAGCAUAUACUGUUUAAUAUAGGUUUUUUUAGAUGGUUGGGUAAAAGAGUCUUUUGUCAUUUUUCUGAAAUAUUUGUGUAUAUAUAUGUAUCAAGGUUUCUCAUUUUCUCUCAUCUCAUUUUAUUUCUUGUUCCAGUUUUAGAAAAAUGUAUAAAAAUGUAUCAAAUUAAUCCAAAAAUAUUUUUUUGGAAAGGUGGGAACAUUGCACAAGCAUUGGCAGGACAAAAUUUUUAUUACAGCAGAAAAUUCAAAAAUGAUCUCUGCACUCCUUAAAGACAUUAAGAAGAAAACAGGGUGGUGUGUUGAUCGGUUCAUUGCUUUAAGGAGAAAUGGAGCAUCUUUAAUGUCUUCAGUAACACACACACACACACACACACACACACACACACACACACACACACACACACAUAAAUGAAUAGAUAUUAAUCUAUUAAUCAAUAGAUAGAGAGAGAGAGACAGAGAGAGGAAGAGAGAGGAAGAGAGAGGUCAUUACGACAGCGUAUUAGAGCCACUAUGGGAUAAAAAGAAAUUGGAAGCGGAGGGGCAGGGAAUUUGCCAGUUAAAAACAAAUUUUGAGUUGAAAAAAAAUUUCGAGAAGAAAUGACAAGAAAAAACUCACAAAUUUACGAGAAACUUUGUUUUAUAAACGUUUUGUGAUUUCAAUUAAUCAAUAGAUAGAAAUAGAUAGAGGGAAAGAAUGUUUUACAUCAUUUUUUUUUAUGUAUAUGUUACAUUUUUUUUGAGUUGAGGUGGAAUGUUUAUUUACUAUGUUGACUGGUUCUAAAAUUGAGAUAAAAAAGAUCAUUAUUUUUGACUUGGAUAAAAAAAAAAAAAAAAAAAAAAAGACGAAUAAUUCUGAUAGUCACAUUUUUAUGCUAAAUGUGUUAAUAUUAUUAGGUAAGUUCUAUAUACACAAAUGUAAAUGGUCAGCAAGAUGCCCAAAGUAUUUAGAAUUUUUACAAGAACCUUUAAACCAGUAAACAAUCAGAACUAAAAAUACUCAAAGAUCUAAAUUCCUCCUUUUUGUUGUAACCAUGUAUACCCUCCUUUAAUUUUUGUAUUUUUAUUAUUCAAACAUUUCAGUAUUAUAUUUACGAUAUUUUAUUAUAAUGUGAAUGUAAACUUUUUUUGUCUUUCGAUAGAAAAAAAAAUUGAUCUUUCUAUAGAAAAGAACCGGAAGGGGAGGGGAAGGAUAUUUUCCAGUUUAAACUUAGAUUUUCAAGUUGUAAGUCGAAAUUUUCAAGUUUAAAACCCUAUAUUAAAACUAAUAUAAUUAAAGAUUAUAAUUAAAUUUUUUGAGGAAAAAUAUUGAAAAUGUAUUGAAAACACAAACAUUUGUGGCAUUUUGAUUUCUAUCAAGGAAGAAAACCAGUCGGCACUUUGUAUGCAUUAUGCCUUGCAUUUUCGCUUGGAUUUAGUACAAGGAAAUACUUGUUAUUUUAGCCCAGAAUCACCAGAUCAUCAUAGUGAAAAUUGUAUUUUCUUCAUGUAAACGUGUGCUGUUUUCUUAUUCUGAGUUUUAAACAUGGAAAUUCUGACUUACGACUUGAAAAUUCUAAGUUUUAAACUCAGAAAAUCCCUGCCUCUCCCCUUUCAGUUCUUUUUUAAAAUCCGAUACACUGUAAUAUUAUAUGCGGUUUUCUUCCUUGAGUUUUAAACUCGAAAGUUUUGAGUUUAAAAUUUCGGAAAUUCCCUGCCCCUCCCCUUCAGGUUUUAUUUUUGUGUUUAUCCAAUAGUGGCCGUAAUACGCUAUCGUAGGCCUUAGAGCUUUAUGUAAAUUUUUCUGUUUGUAUUUUUUUAAAUAAACUGUAUUACCAAG